CAACAUGGGACAAAGAUGGAGGCCUCAGCUGUCUGUUCUCUGCAGUCUGCGGAGUCAGACGCUAAAAAACCCACUUCUGGUUCCCUUAGUGUGGCUUCUGUCACAGAUUCUGAAACAGUAAUAAACACUAAAACUGAUAGUACCAUGGUUAAAGAACAAAAGAGUGACAAAGAGCUGCUAGAGGGACUUCUCACUGACUAUUAUUGCUACAUUUGCUCUUCUAACCUGAUGUUUGAAUCUAAUCGGGUGGCCCAUUAUGAGGGAAAACAACACUCUCAGAAAGUCAAAACCUAUCUGAAUGCCAUGAGAGCAGAUCUGAGCAGCGGUUGCCAGCAGAACAUGUCCCGCAAUAAAAACAGUUUCUGUGAGCUGUGCUAUGUGGUGUUCAGUUCACAAGUAGUCGCAAAGUCGCACUACGAAGGCAAACUCCAUGCGAAAAACCUGCGUAAACGAAGACUUCUUGAAUCAGUCAAGGACACAGCAGUGCAUAAUUCACCAGCUGUCACCCAGGAUCCCGUUAACUCCGACCAGAACUCGUCCCAGGAGGACGACCUGGAGUUUUACUCCGAGCCAACUUCAAACACCCCACCUUUCUCGAACACCGGGGUUGAUCUCGAAGACCCCAACAAGUACUGCGCCCUGUGUGUCGCUUCUUUUAACAACCCUCUGAUGGCCUCGCAGCACUACAACGGACGCAAACACCAGAAAAAAAUGGCCAGACAGAAGCUCCUCAAAGCACAGGAAAAUGAUGCACAGCAAGGGAACUCUUUUAUGUGCCAAAUGUGCGGCGUCUCAACCAACUCCCUAAAGAUGUACGAGGCUCACAUGCAGGGAAACAAACACCAGAUCAGGGAGAAGAAGUUGAGGAUCCUUUUUAAAUCCCAGCCAAAAGUCUACAGCACAUUCGCUGAUGAACUGGCCGAUUACAUCGAAGUGCAAAAGGUCAGAGGAAUCACCCCCAAGACCAGCGAGCUUCUCCCUGAAGAAAACACACAGAGCGACAACAAUUAUAAAGAAGAAGACGAAGCGCAGCACAAAGAUGUAAAACAGUGCGAUUUGGCUGCAACGCCUGUUUUCCUGCCUAACUUCCCUCAAAUUUCCCUCCCUCCUCCUCAGCCUAAUCCUGGGCCGCAGUUUGCUUUCGCUCCAGCUCCAUCCUGGGCUCCCAUUGGCUGGCCCUACAGCGUUCCUCCUCCUCAUCCUCUCCAACCCUUCCCAAGUUGCACACAGUUUAUCGGCUGGCCCACUGAUACUGGACCGCAAAGAAGACCCUCCACCUCCUCCACGUGCAGCACCUCAUCCUCCUCCUCUUCUCACAGCUCAGACGGACGUGAAAGCGAUGAAUGCAAAAACAGGAAUACAGAAAAGAGAAGAACGAAAAGACACAGGGAAUAUGAGGAGUCUGACGCAGCAGAGGGGAGGACGAAGAGGCAGAGGACGGAGAAGAGUUAUGACUCUGAGGACAGGAGACGGGAGGAGUUUGGGGAGUCGGGGGAGGAGAGGAGCGGGAAAAAGCCUAAAGCUCGCCGUAAGCGGACACGGAAACGUAAACCAUGUCAGCAGGAGGACUUUGAGGCGCGCCAGGAAGGAACCAUGACUGACCGAUCACAUUCACAGGCCAAAACUAAUGCUGAAGGCAGCGAGAGUGGACACAGUAAGCCAGGCAAACCCAGGAAAGAGAAGAAGAAAGCUAAGGAAGUGGUUGACACAAGGACAGAGGAGGAGAAGCUGUGGGACGACUCAAUUCUGGGUUGUUAAGACUAAUAAAUCACACUAAUGCUA